AUGAGCAGCACAGGCGCAGGCUACGACUACUCAGCGGGAACAUUCUCCCCCGAAGGCCGUAUCUUUCAGGUCGAGUAUGCCAAGAAGGCCGUCGAGAAUAGCGGCACGACCAUUGGCAUCAAGUGCACGGACGGUAUCAUCAUGGGCGUGGAGAAGACGCUGCUGAGCAAGAUGCUGGUGCCGGGCACACACCGUCGAGUCUACGCCAUUGACCGCCAUGUUGGUCUCUCAAUGGCAGGACUUGUGGCCGAUGGCCGCCAGCUCGUAAACCGUGCUCGUGAAGAGGCCCUUAACUACAAGAAAAACUAUGGCGGCAGCAUCCCGCCGCACCUCCUGGCUGAGCGCAUGGGCCAGUUCGUGCACUACUACACGCUCUACGGCUCCAUCCGACCUUUCGGCACGGCCAUCAUGCUCGCCGGCUACGACCAGGACAUUAAGAAGUCCAGUCUUUACAUGGUGGAGCCCUCGGGAGUCACUUACAGCUACCGCGGCUGCGCCCUGGGCAAGGGCCAGCAGUCGGCCAAAACAGAGAUUGAAAAGUACAAACUCUUUGACAUGACGUGCCGCGAAGCCAUGAAAUACGUUGCCAAGAUUCUGAACAUGCUGCACGAUGAGGUGCGUCAUCCGUUCGAGCUGGAGCUGAGCUGGAUCUGCGAGGAGACGAACUGGCAGCACCAUCUCGUGCCGGACAACCUGCGCGACGAGGUGAACGAGUGGGCCGUCCAGUCUAUCAAGGAGGAUGAAAUGGCCGAUGACGAUGAUGACGAUGACGAGUAA